AUGCAAGUAUUGAUUGCUUAUCCAUUUAAAAGUGAAAUUCCUCAUCAAAAUCGAUUAAUUUAUUUACCAGAAUUAGUUCAAGAUGAAUCCAGCCUUCGUGUUGCUAUUCGUCAACAUCAUCCUCAUAUUAUUAUUGUUGGAAAUAAUGCUGUCGGGAGUGAAACACUUGAACUAUGGCGUUCAGUUAUGAGUAAUAACAUUCAGUUAACAUUAAUUCGAAGAGGUUCAUCACUUUCUCGUAUUAAUCUUGAUUUAGCCAAACAAUUACAUAUUAAUGUAUUAAAUACAUUGAGUGUGAAUUCUCGAUUUGUUGCAGAAUAUAUGAUUGAACAUCUUCAUUUACCAAGUAAUGGAACUUGUUCCAACAUUGCAAUUAUUGGAUCGGGAGCUAUUGGAAGUCGAAUUGCUUAUCGUUUAUUUAGAGCUAAACAUAAAGUUAAUGUUUAUAGUCCAUCAUUAACCAAUCCCGAUGAAACUUGCCGGAAUAAAACUCGACGAAAAAAAGGUAUCUGCUCGUCUGGCAUAGAAGUUUCUAUGACACCCGAACAGGCUGUUGUCAAUGCUACACAUGUUAUACUUGCUAUCGAUGCUGAUAGAGUUACAAGUGUUAAUGAACAAUUAUCGAAAGAAGUUUUUCAAAUCAUACCAAAUGGUGCCAGACUUGUAUCUGUUACUGAAUUUCGUGUAUUUGCUGACGGAGCUCUUGAUAUUAUUAUCGAACGUGUUCGACAAGGGCAAAUUAGUGCUCGUUUAGAUUCGCAUGCAUUCGAUAUAAAUACGAUUAAAGAUCCUCCAACAGAAUUAGAAGCUGUAUCAGCUGCAAUGACAGUACCUGGCUGUGGUGAAGCUAUGGACCAAGCAGCUCUUAUUGUUCUUGCUAAUGUUGUACUCGAACAAUCUUUGAAAUCGCCAUUAGCAUUUUCUCUCGAUUCAUCGAAACAAAAUGAAGAAAUCACUGUUAUUGGAGCAGGUAUCCUGGGCAUAGUAACUGCCUUUUUUCUUAGUGAAAAUGGUUAUAAAAUAACUAUUAUUGAUGAGCACGAUCGUCCUAAUCUAGUAAAUAAACUACGUCAACAUGAAAUUGCGUGCCGCGGUACUACACUUGACGGAUGCGAUGCACGGCAGGCAUCUAUAACAGAAACAAUGCCACAUGCGUUAUUUUAUAGAAUAGAUAGUUUAAGAAAAUUUCCGUUAGAUAAUGGAGGAUGGAAAAUAAUACCCGAUCAAUAUACUGACCAAGAAAGUGCUUGGGUUGAUAGAUUUAGCGAGCUUGCUGGUUAUCCAGAAUUAGUUGUCAAUCUAGUGAAUCAGUUUGUAUCAAAUUUAAACAGACGUGGGAUUGAAUUAUGGGAAGAUAUAUUCCAGAGUUAUCCACAAUUAGUUCAAGAUACUAUUAAGAAUAGUCGAAUUAUUCGAGUAUGUUCAUCAUCAACUUCAUUAAAUGUUGUUUCAUCAUUUCAAAAAAAGUAUCAUAAAAAUGAAGAUAAUCUCGAAAUUUUAUCACGUGCGCAAAUUCUUGAACAAAUACCUGGUAUUGAACUUAAAGAUGGAGACGCUGGAGGAAUUCAAGUACCUGGUUUUACUGUUAAUCAUCUAAAACUUUGUCAAAAUAUGAUUGGAUAUUUAGAAAAAAAUCCGAAUGUUAAUUUUAAAUGGUCAACUAAAGUUAAUUCAAUUAAUAAUAUAUCUUCGUCAAAAAUAAUCUUUGCUUCAAGUCUCAAUCGAUUGGACUCUUCACUAUUAGACAAUAUAUCAUUAGCUAUUCAAGGUGUUCUCGGGUGUUGGAUAAAACUUCCGAAUGUUCAUUCAAUAAAACAUGGAUUUAAAAUAGCAGAAAAAGAACCAAUAUCUGUUAUUAAUGUGACACCAAGUUAUGAUGAACAAUAUUUAUAUGUAACAGGUGCUUUUGGUUUUUGUGGCCAACGUGGAAUAGUUCAAUCUUCUUAUCUUUCACAAUUAGUUGAAUUAUUUAAUUCGACCAUACGUUGUUAUUUACCUGAUGAAAUGGAAGCAAGUGAAUCGGAAAUCGUUCCAAUACAAUAUUGUAUUCGUCCAAUGACUCCAGAUGGAAUGCCAAUUAUUGCUCAAUUAGCUGUUCAAAAUAAAAAACAUCAAGUGUAUUUUGUUGGUGGAACGAAUUCUGGAGGACUUGUUCAAUCACCAAUUUUAGCAACAGUUCUCUUAGACUUAAUUCAAGGUUCAUCCAGUAAUACAAAUCUUUGUCACGUUUGCAGAUCAUUACGUCUUGAUAGAAAUACUUUAUUAUUUAAUUAA